AUGGUCUUUGGGUUUAAUCGUACUCUAUAUGAAGCUUACGUGGAGGAAAAUUCAUCUCCUGGCCAGCUAGUCAUCAACCUGGUGGCCACGGACCUUGAUGCCUGGGACCUGGGCAAGCUGCAGUACACCAUCCUGCACCAGACUUCAGAGGGAGCCUUCACCGUGGACAAAGAAGGUAGAGAGAGACAUUGUGAGACUCCACUGGAUCGCGAGUCCCUGCCCGUGCACAGCCUCAAGGUGUCUGUGAUGGACGAGGGGGGCUGGGCCAGCUUCAUGGCAGUGCGAGUGACAGUGCGUGACAGGAACGACAACCCACCAGUCUUCACGUUGCCGGAGUAUCAGGUGAACAUCAACACUGAUGUGGCUCCCAGGACAACCAUUCUCAAGCUAUGGAUCUCGUUUGUUAUACUUUCCCCAUGCUCACCAUCACAGGUCGAGGCCAUUGACGCAGAUGAAGGGGCAAACAGUGAAGUGAGGUACCGCAUGUAUGAAGCCAACAGUUCUGAGGCGCUGGAGCUCUUCUCGGUCAACCCCACCACCGGCGAGGUCACCGUGGCGCAGACCACCCACAGCCGAGAAAAUGAGGUGUACCAGUUUUUCAUCCGUGGCGAGGACAGCGGCUCCCCCCAGCACCACUCCGACGUGCCCGUCACCAUCUUCCUGCUGCCCCCUCAUGAGAACCCCCCGCACUGCGCCAGGAAGUAUGCACAGUUCUUCAUCAGGGAGGACGCCCCCAUCGGCAAUGUGAUCACGUCCCUGUGGAUGGCGGGGCCACAGUCAGUGGUGACGGACACCAACGACAACCCCCCGUCCUUCUCCCUGGCCACCCACGCCGCCACCCUGCUGGAGGACGCGCCCAUCAACACCAUCGUCCUCAAGAUGUCUGCCACGGACCCUGACCUCGGCAUCAAUCGACAGCUGCUGUACAACUUUGUGGACUCAGCGGAGGGCCACUUCACCAUUGACGAGAUGGAGGGUGUGGUCAGCCUGGCCCGGCCCCUGGACCGUGAGACAAGGGACUCCUACAGCCUGACAGUGUGCGCCGUGGACCAGCGCUGUCAUCCACCACGCAGCUCAUCGUCACAGUCUCAGGUCUUCGUGGAGGUCGAGGACGUGAACGACCACAUGCCCCAGACGGAGGAGCCCGCCUACCACUCCUACGUGGCCGAGAACCUGCCGCCGGACACCUCCGUCAUAGCGCUGCGGGCCUCGGACGGCGACCUGGCGCCCUCCAACAUCUCCUUCGCCAUCACCAAAGGCGCCCUCACAACCCUGGUACCGCUGGACAGGGAGGAACAGGCGGAGUACGAGCUGUGGGUGCGGGUGAGCGACGGCCAGCUGUCCUCCGUCAUCUCGGUCUUCAUCACCGUGAGCGACGUCAACGACAACCCGCCCGAGUUCCUGGAGCCGCUCUACCGCGUCACCGUCCCCGCCCGCAGCAAGACCAAGAAACGGGAGGCGCUCUUCAGGGUGUUCGCCAGAGAUGCGGACGUGGGCAUGAACGGUGACCUGGACUACAGCAUCAGGACCGGCAAGGGCAAGAAGGGCCGCUUCAAGAUCCACCCGAAGACUGGCCAAGUGUUCAGCAACAAGGCCUUUCCCCCGAGCAAGACCUUCGAUUUGAUGAUCCAGGUGAAGGACAACGGGGCGCCGCAGCUGACGGCCACCACGCGGGUCCUCGUGCGUGUGAUGGACGUGCCCGAGGAGUCUCCCAACCCGCCGGUCCUGCAGCCGCCGCCCCCCGCCCACGUGAUGGAGACGGACGCGCCGGGCCACCUGGUGUCCUUCAUCAACGCUCGGGACCCGGAUAACGACACCUUGUGGUACUACAUCACAGAGGGUGACGAGAGCGGCCGGUUCAGCAUGGGCGUGGACUCUGGCCUGGUGAGCCUGGCCCGCCGCCUGGACCACGAGGAGCAGCACCACUACGCCCUCACCGUCACGGCCACAGACGGCGUCCACACCGCCGCCACCAAGCUCGUGGUGGAGGUGAUGGACGCCAAUGAUCACCGCCCGGUGUUCAGCGCCAGGACCUACGAGGGUGCCGUGAGCGAGGACGUGGCGCCGGGGUCCACCGUGGUCACCCUGCAGUGCCGAGACAGGGACCAGUCACCCACGGCGUCCUCCGCGGUGUACUUCACGCUGCACCACGCCCAGGCCUUGGCGUCCCAGGGCCUCUUCACCGUGGACUCGUUCACUGGUGACCUCAUCGUGGCCGAGCCCAUGGACAGGGAGGUGUCCAGCGUCCACGAGCUGACCGUGAGCUGCAGGGACCGCGGCCGACAGGAGAACGCAGACUUUGCCCGCGUGUCCGUGACGGUGGAGGACGCCAACGACCACGAGCCCGUCUUCCUGGAGCCCAUGAUCAUCGCCAAGGUGAGCGUGGGGGCCGCGGCGGGCACGGCGGUGGUGCGGGUGAUGGCGCUGGACCACGACAAGGGCGACAACGGCAGGAUAUCCUACUCCAUCUUCGAGGGUGAGUGUGGGCGGGUGAGUGAGAGUGAGGCGGCCAUCAAGACUCCUCUCCUCCCAGACUUGACCUCUCUUUUGGCCUCUCGUUCUUUUUUUAUUUUGCCGGAGCAGCGUUUAGCGGCCUUUUUGUUGCUGAUUUUGUUUUUUGUUGCUGAUUUUGUUUUUUGUUGCUGA